ACUUACAAUAAUGUUGGGUCAACUCAAAAAGUUAAAAGACCGCUCCGCUGCGGCUUGAAACUGCGUCGUCUAGACGGCAGAACUCCCACCGUCCCACCUCUUCUUUUCCGAUCCUUAACUUUCAACCUCGGCAAAGCCAAACUAUUCUGGUACAGAGCCAACAUCUAAGUGUAGCCCACUUCGCAUCUCCACCUGCUCCUCUGUACCUGUUACCUUGUGCUUUUCUUUUUUCUAUUGCAUAAAUUCUAGUUCAAUAAAUACAAGAACAGAAGAGCACUUUGCAAUUUAGAAAUCUACCAUGGGAGAUGUGUGGGCGUGGCUACUAUUCUUCUUCAUAAUUAUAGGAGUGAUCGUCAUGGUCGUUUUCCAGCUCAUGUGCUUGGCGGAUCUAGAGUUUGAUUAUAUCAACCCCUAUGAUUCAGCUUCUAGGAUAAACAAAGUGAUUUUACCUGAGUUCAUUACACAAGGUGUUCUAUCCUUGCUCUUCCUUUUGACGGGGCAUUGGAUCAUGGCACUGCUCAGUAUUCCAUAUUUGUACUACAAUUUCACAUUGUAUAAUCGACGAGAACACCUCAUAGAUGUAACUGAGGUUUUUAAUAUGCUCAAUCGAGAAAAGAAAAAACGGCUUUUCAAACUUGGCUACCUCAUGCUUUUCCUGUUCAUGUCCCUAUUCUGGUUGAUAUACAGUGCAUUGGAAGAUGAUGACCACUUCGCCUAAGACUUUCAGUGAUUGGAAGAUUCUGGGCACUUGAGUAUGAUUUUUUCUUGUAAACACUAAUCAGAAAGAUCAGGGUUCAGAAGUAGGUCCCUGAGCUUUGGGUCAGAUUGUGAUAGUGAAUCCUAGAUUCAUUGUAACAUUGCAAGAUUUUUAGUUUCGGAUAUGUUUUGACUGCACAAGUCUUCAUCACUUGCCCCUUGAUUUCUUGCAAUAUUAUCCGCCUCUAAUGCCGCUCUGGAACCAUGUACUGUUGCUGAAGGUUUUGCCCGGUACUUUGAACAGAUUUUUGCAUGAUCAGCUUGCGUUGUUGCUGUUGUUUUCUUAA